GUUUUGGGGAGCUGCGUGCUUUCUCUCAUCGCCCUGUGCCAAGGUGGCACCGCACAAGCCGGGAGAGGGGAGGGAUCGGGUAGCCACGGCGAUGGUGACCACGACUGUGACUUAAGAGGACGGUUGCCAUGACGAGGCGGAUGGGAUGCUGAACUUUGCCUCGGUGGCAGAUAGGAACUUGUCAAACGGGCAAAUUGUGCACCGUCGGACUGGACGGCGUGCUCUCUCUCUUUCUCUCUCUGUCAGUUCUCCCCCAUCCCCCCUUUCCCCUCCCUUUCAGCUCUUCAAGCUAACGUAUUGGCUGAGCUACAGGCAUCUUGUUGCCAAAUAGGUGGGCCCUACUCGCGUUGGCAAAGAAUCAGGCAAUAGUUAAGGAAGGAACGCGGAGAGGACGAGAGAGAGCGGGCGAUCGAGGGAGAGAGAGAGAGAGAGUUGGAGAGAAAAGGAGUAAAAAAAGCAGACGCACUUGCGUUUGCCAGCGGUCCUGCGAGCUCGUCCAACAUUGAUUCGCUUCUCUUUUUUUCUAUCCGUAUUCUGUGCUUUGCAUUAGCCAGCUCCCCCCGCUCCCCCACCCUUUUCGUCGCAGGAGUGUGUAUGCAUGUGUGCGUGGAGGCGCGUGUGCCUGCAUGCGUUAUGCGUGCGCCGCGUCUCUGAGUCUUCUACAGGACUCUGAGAUCUGAGAAAACUCUCAUUGCACUUUGCCAAGGAUUUUUUCCGGCAUUGUUUAGAUUAAUUUUUUUUUUUUUUUUUGGAACGUGCAAGUGUUUAUUUUCAGCACAGGUUUUUAUUCUCGUACUUUUUCACUUUUUUAAUUAAUAUUUGUUUUUAGUUUCUUUUGCAAUAAUCACUUUGUCCUCUUAUAAUUUAGCAAAGCUAAAAUAUUUUGUAAGAAAUCUGACGAUCUUGAAAUUCCCAUCUUCCCGCCGGCAGUUGGAACUUCUCCAGCCUUCUUUCAAUUUUACCCAACUUUUUGCCAAUUCUCCGUCCGUGCCAAGCCAGCAGUUGUUGUUUCGGUGUGAGUGGCAAAGAACUGGUGCGGGUGGAUUUUUUUCUAUCCUGAACGGCGUGCCAAAUUUAUGAUGAGAGUGCAAAAUGGAUGAAUUUCAUCCCUUCAUCGAGGCUUUGCUGCCACACGUCCGUGCGUUCUCCUACACCUGGUUCAACCUCCAGGCCCGCAAGCGCAAGUACUUCAAGAAGCACGAGAAACGCAUGACGAAGGACGAGGAGCGCGCCGUCAAAGACGAGCUGCUGGGCGAGAAGCCCGAGAUCAAGCAGAAGUGGGCGUCGCGUCUCCUCGCCAAACUCCGCAAAGACAUCCGGCCGGAGUUCCGCGAGGACUUCGUGCUCACCAUCACGGGGAAGAAGGCGCCGUGCUGCGUGCUCUCCAACCCCGACCAGAAGGGCAAGAUCCGGCGGAUCGACUGCCUGCGGCAGGCCGACAAGGUCUGGCGUCUGGACCUGGUGAUGGUGAUCCUGUUCAAGGGAAGCCCGCUAGAGAGCACAGACGGAGAACGCCUGGUGAAGUCCCCGCAGUGCUCCAACCACGGCCUGUGCGUCCAGCCGCACCACAUCGGGGUGUCUGUCAAAGAGCUGGACCUGUACCUGGCCUACUUCGUACACUCGCCAGAAUCUGGACAAUCGGACAACUCCAACCAGCAAGGAGAAGCAGACAUCAAGCCUCCGCCCAAUGGACACUUGAGUUUCCAGGACUGCUUUGUGACGUCAGGCGUAUGGAACGUGGCCGAGUUGGUCCGUGUGUCACAGACACCUGUUGCCACGGCAACCGGACCCAACUUCUCUCUGGCAGAUCUGGACAGUCCAGGAUAUUACAACAUCAACCUAGGUCGCCGCUCUAUAACGUCCACACCAUCGACCAGGGCUGAGAUGGAGUUGUAUGCCAGUCUACCACGGAGUUCCAACAAGCGUAAGUCUAUUGAUGACAGUGAAAUGGAGAGCCCAGUGGAUGAUGUCUUCUACUCGGGUCGCUCUCCUGCCCCAGGAGCAUCUCAGCCCAGCGGUUGGCCAAAUGAUGUUGAUGCAGUGCAGCACCAUUUGGCCAGUAUGCAGGAGAGGAAGAUUAAACAUGAGAACGAAGGCGUGCAGUUUCCUUACCAUGGGCUCUCGUCGCCUGGUUCUCUUAAGAAGCCGGGGAAAUUCGAUUUCAACGCUCUGUCCGGCCAUUCGAGGUCUGCCCGCAUGCCGUUCACCCAUCACCCGCUGCCCAUGCUGGCAGGUGUGAGACCAGCAGGAAGUCCCCGUGCCUCAGCUUCCUCUCUGCACUUCCCCUCUCCCUCCAUCAUCCAGCAGUCCAGUCCGUAUUUCACUCACCCCACCAUCCGAUACCACCACCACCCGGGGCAGGACCCGCUCAAGGAGUUUGUGCAGUUUGUGUGUGCUGACGGAUCAGGACAGGCCAGCGGUCAGCCGAACGGAGGCGGCCAGAGCAAAAUGCCGGGCUCCUUCUUGCUUCCUCCACCCCCCCCUGUGGCGCGUCCAGUGCCCCUCCCAAUGCCAGACUCUAAACCCAGCAGCACGCCCCCCGAUGUUGGACUCACCUCACCCACAUCUCCGUCAUACUCCUCGUCAGGCUCCACAGCUCCCAACAGGUUUGUCAGCAUCGGAUCACGGGACAACAACUUUCUGAACAUCCCCCAGCAGACGCAGUCAUGGUUCCUUUGACGAGACCUGCCUGCAACCUGUCGACACAAUUCGGAAGUUUUAUUUAAAAAAUAAAGAAGACAUCCUAUUUGGAAAUCCACAGCCUCGCCCUCUUCUGAACACACCCUAAGACACCUUAUCAGAGUAUUAUUGGGAAACGUUCAAGCCUGUUUUUGCCAAUCACCAGAUGCCCUUUGACCCCCAAACCCCCUGAAGACUGUAGGAUCAUCACACGAGGUCAGGGACCGACACACGCACCUCACGCAACAACCAGCGGCAAAAUAAGGAAGAACUCAAUGAAGAGACAUCAUGUUACUAAGAGCAAGGAUGUAGUGUACAGUGGCUGGGAUUAUAUACAGUAACCGUUUCAGUGGUAAACAUUCACAAACGACAAAAAAAAAGAGUAAAAACAUUGUUUUCAACGCACAGACGACACUGAAAGUGUUUAGAGCCCCAGACGUUUGGCGUUUUUUAAUCAGCAUUCGGCGUUUUUAUUUUAUGUUUUGCUUUUGAAUUUUAGUUUAAAUACUAAAGUAUUGCACUACAAAAUGAGAAGAACACUAGUUUGAUGUGCACUAUCGAAACAUGGGAUACACGGCGAACAUUAUUUGCACAUUUAUUGCGCAGAAAAACGAAACUGACACAGCGCCCUUAAGCAACACAGAGACACAUCUCACAUUUCAAGCCCCCGCCAUCGUUCAAAUAACAAACGUUUCAUUUAGACUUUGGGUACCGAAAGGUUUAUUCAGUAUAUUAACCAGCAGGCUCACAACCAUGUGUCCCAUUUUUAUGAAAAUGUUAUUGUAAUCAUUUUAUUAUUUGGUUUUAUACGUUUUUUUUUAUGGUAGCUACGUUCGAAAAAAUCUUGAGUUGUUUAUACUCACGGUUGGGUCAAAUAUAGACAAACCCAAUUGCUGGGUUAUUAAUAAACCUUUAAAAGACGUCUAGACAAGAUCAAAUUUGGGCUGUCAGUAAAAAUUUAACAAACGAUAGCCCAAAAAUAAAUAAAUAAAACCAAACACCCUGUAAUCACUUUAUAUCGAACAUCUCACAAGUUAUUUUGGCAUAUUUUGGUAUUUUUUUAUUCAUAGCCGGACUAUAUCGAGUCUAUAUUAUACGGUAAAAUUAUGGCUGUUGCUUGCUGGGCAAUGCUGAUUUGUUUCUACCCAACAAAAGGUUUAUUUAUAACCCAAAGGUCAUAUUUUUUGCAAUCAUGAGAUAAAACAACCCAAAUUUAAAAAAAGUUUCUUAUGAUUGGCCUGUCUAAAUCGUAGCAAAGCAUCACAGUGAGCCCUACUAAAGACACGCCCACUUCUGAUUUAGUUUACUUACAGUAUUUGUUUACACUCCCAGAAGUCCGUGAUCCAAGAACACGUGAUGUCUCUGCGGAGGAAAAGAUUGUGUGACAUAUCAUAUUUGUGCUUAAAGGGAAAGGGGGCCGGACAUCGUUUUGUACCGUCAAAUUCGGUAAGGUUUCGUCAUAAACACAUGCACACGGAUCCAAACGCGCCAUCAUCGCAGUUCGACUAUAAAGGGAAGCCUUGAUAUUCUGGUGGACGACCACAUCACUUUUAUUUUGAACGAAAACCAGCGAUCUCACAAAAUAACUGGACUGCCUGACCAUGUAUCUCAGCGCAGGGAAGCACCGUUGCCGAAAGGCGGCCGUGUCAUCGGUUCGGUAGAAAAAAACAACUUAACAGGACGGCAAUGGUCUUUUCUUUUCUAAUCAAAGGAAGUGCCUCUGUAUUCCCAUUAUGCAAUUUGUUAAACAUGAAUUCAGGUUAUUUUCUUGCAUAUAAGCUAUAGAGGAGCGUGAAAUUUUUAUGAGAAUAAAAACAAGUGUCAGCUUAAUAGUUACAAACAUCUUUAUAUAUACAGGAUAUAUCCAUAUAUAUUUAUAUAUACGUUUUCUUUUUUCCUUCUUUGCCUAAUAAGCUCAGUGGCAGUCUAGUUAUUUUUUGAAGUAUGACAUGAUCAUCAGUUCUCAUAAAUCAGUCCCGAAACCCCCUUCUGCACUUACAGUAUAGCGUAGGCCUGAAUAGCGUUCGGCAAAAUCGGCAGAAAUCGGAUUUCUGCGGAUAGCGUAGACGAGAGAGAAAAAAUGCACGGCUUUUGAUUUCUUUCGUGUUUGGACGGGACGUGUUUGUUAUUGCGAAAUAAAGUGUGUUGAAUGAGCCACGUGCAAUGCCUUGAGUAGAAACUGUGUUUGUGAGUGUUACAGGAAAAACCUAGCGGUAAAAAACCUAUUUUAGUAAAGUCCAAACUGCCCGGGACUCUAAAUGAAAGGGUGGAGAGCGAACGAGAGAGAGAGAAAAAACGGUCUUUGUAAGUUUUGGGAAUUUGUUUUGUAAUCUUUCUUUUUCUGCUUUUUUAACGUUUAUUUGUAAUUUGAUUUGUUCUCAAAACUUACGAGGGCUGAUGAGGCAGAAUAUAUCACUAAAUAAAACAGGUGCUUUUUAUGGAUUAAAGUACAUUCAAUCUCUAUUAUACCUGUACGUAAUAAUACGACAAACGUAAGGAAAAAUGUUCAUUACUCUUUCUCUUUUCUAUUUACUUAUGGUGGGGGGGGUUCAUUUCGCUCGUGGUUGUGACUAAAGACAUUUUCCCUCCAAACUUGACGGAUAAAAUCCUUAUAGAUGAGCUGCUGAACUUUUAUGACUAGCUAAAAAUAAAUUUUUCCAGUAUUUUUGACAUACACUUUAAAAAAUGUGCACUUACAUUUUUAAGUAUAAUCAACUAAUAAUUACCGAGCCCCUAAGGUGACAUUGGAGUAAAAAAUAUCUAAAGUUUAGUUUCAUGUGCUCACGCGAAACCUUCACGUGCAGAAUUUUUUUUAAAGUUUAUUUUCGCGUGCGCACGUGAAACUAUUGCAUGCGCACGUGAAACUUAAGUGUUUUAAACGCGAUAGUUUCAUGUGCGCACGCUAAACUAAACGCGAUAGUUUCACGUGCACACGCGAAACAAAACUUUAUUUAAUUUUUUCUCUGUGUUCCCUUAGGGGCUCCGCAAAUAAUCAACAAAUUUUGAGAAAAAAACUGAAAUAAUUGCAUUUUUGUAAAAGACUUUUGUUAGCAAUCAUAUAAUAAUGUCUAAAGUUUAGUUUCAUGUGCUCACGCGAAACCUUCUUGUGCAGAAUUUUUGUUUAAAGUUUAGUUUCGCGUGCGCACGUGAAACUAUUGCGUGCGCACGUGAAACUUUCCCGUGCGCAAAUGAAACUUUCGCUUUCAGGUGCGCACAGGAUAGUUUCACGUGCGCGCGCGAAAGUUUCAACAUGCGCAUGCGAAACUAAACGCGAUAGUUUUACAUGCGCACGCGAAACAAAACUUUAUUUAAUUUUUUCUCCAUGUCCCCUUAGGGGCUCCGCAAAUAAUUAACAAAUUUUGAGAAAAAAAAAACAUAAUUGCAAAACUGAAAUAAUUUCAGUUUUGCAAUUAAGACUUUUGUUAGCAAUCAUAUUUGAUCAAAACAUACAGUUUUUACUGUUUUUGUAUCAGUGGAUGCUUCAGUGUUUUAUAAGUUGGGUAAGAGCGCCACCUAGUGGAUAAUAGCGGAAAUAUGGAUUGCCGUAAAAACUCGUCAGUGGCAGGGAAGCGUUUUCUAGAUAACAUUUCUAGAAAGAGUUAAUGAAUAAAGUUCAAAUAACUUAAGCUAAUUCAACUUUAUUUUAUAAGUUAGAGCAACACAUCACUAUUAAUUAUAAAAAAUGGUUGAUUAUAAUUAAAAAUGUCAAUUUUUUUACAGUGUAUGUCAUCAUAUAUCAUACUAUGCAUUGCAGUUUCGUAGGACUUUCAUGCUUUGGGUCGCCGAAUUGAACCGUCGUGGUCCUUAACAAACUUGAACUUUGCUGGUAUUUUGUGUGUGCGUGGAAAAUGUCAAACUUUUUAGAAAAUGUAUGACAAGUUCUUCCCUGUUUUUGGGAGAGGCUUUAACACAGCACGAAUAAACUACUUUGGCCCUCGUAAGCUAGAAACAAUGUUUGAAGGUCGACGACACAGGAGAUGUAAAUUGUUUUUUUUAUUGGUAGCUAUACUUGCUAACUUUUUUGAAUGUCAUGAAAACAGGCCCAGGUUGUAUUUUACCCAACAAUCAGAAAAUGUAUAUUCUCAUUCUUCUUGGAAAAUUAAGAUUUCCUCGACAUAAGCUAAUGGAGCUUUAGCAGCCAAUCAGAGCGAGAAUGGCUGAAUAUGUAAUGAAUUGAACCCUCCCACCAUUGAAACCCACAGCAGCUCUGCUUGACCCGUGUAAAUGACUCUUAAAUAUUUGUUUUGUGAUUUAGUGUUAGACUCAGACCAUCAUAAAGGUUGUCCCUAUAAAGUGCCUUUUGUUCACAGACUCCAUCUUGUAAUCCUGAGUGCCCAUCUUAAAAAAGUAAAAAGUCCCUCCUGUAUCUUCUUCCGCAAGUUCUUCAAAGCAGUAUAUAUAGUACUAAAGCAAAUCGGUGUGACUUAGUUCCUCUUUUUAUUGUUGAAUAAUUAAGAAAACUGUAAAAAGACAAAAAAAAACACAAUCUUUCUGUCUUGCUUUUCUUCCUCUGUAAUCUUGUCUUUUGCUUCCUUUGGACACUGGAGUAGUCUAUAGUUGCAUAGCCAUUUCCCUUCCCCUGCGGCCCUUCUCUCUUUAAAAUAAUAAAAGAGUAAUAAAAAAACCAAAAAAAAAAAAUAAAUGAUGAAAUGUUGUCUGAGCAGAAUGCAGUUAGCUCACAUGUUAUUCCUGUCUGUAUGCUUCACCUUGUAUUCAUACCGAUCUUCCGCUUGUCCAUUGAACAGUUAAUGUACGUGAACAAUUUACGCCGGCGGGCUGUGGUGGGACGUCCCACGAAAGGAUGUUUGCUGGAGAAACGAGUCUGGACGACCGCGGAGGUGGAGUAUAGGCGAAUUUGCAAUCCGUUCUAUUUAUUUCUUUCGUUUUGUUACAAAAUUGAAAUUGAUCGUUGUAUUGCUAUUGCAUUGCGAAUCUGUACCGAUGACGCACCUUUCUAAUGGUUGUACGAGACCAGAUAUAUUUAAACUGUUGUUAAAAAGUUCCUGUUAAAACAAAGCACCUUAUCACGGAAUGGUUAAAGCCCAGGGAAACAAACAGACAGUUUACGAUACAAACGAUUCAAAAGCCCAAAGAGACCAAAGUGAUGCAUGCCACAAAACCUGAAUUCAACUAAAAUCAUCACCAGCACGGGCUCAACGACAGACAAAAAGUAUGCAGUUUCACUUUUAUAAAUCUAUGAAGCUCGCGUACGCAUGCAUAUGAAAGCCAUAGGCGCAGUCAGAAGAACAUUGUCCCUCCCUGGUACUGACCGUCCUUUUUUUAUUUUCUAUUUUUUCGUUAUAUUUUGUACUCUUUUGGAUGUGUUUAGAUUAGCGUGAAGCCUCAGCAGAGUCGCUCGUGCUCGCUCCUCCGUAAGCAGCAUCUCUCUCGGCGGACAGACCCAUCACAGCCCGCGGUGAAAUGCAUGUGUUGAUUACGAUUUCUUUUCCAUAAUAAGAAAAACAGUUUUGAAAAGAACGACGCCUUUAACUGUUUGAAUAAAAGGAUGUUCUUGACUGUAAA